AUGGAGAAGUCCUUCGCAACGAGCCCUGAACGGCAACGCUGCGGCUGUGCAGAGGCUCGAGAUGCCAAACGGACAGCCUACAUUGCCCUCGGGAGCAACAUGGGAGACCGGGUCGCCAUGAUUGAGCAAGCAUGCAAAGAAAUGGGAUCAAGAGGUAUCACUGUGAAGAGGACAAGCGGGUUGUGGGAGACAGAACCGAUGUAUGUCCUAGACCAAGACAGAUUCGUCAAUGGCGCAUGCGAGGUUGAGACAGAGCUCGAGCCCCUUUCCCUGCUAGACGAGCUUCAAGAUAUAGAAAAUGCCAUGGGCCGCAAAAAGGUCAUAGAUAAAGGACCGCGCAACAUCGACCUCGACGUCCUCAUGUACGAGAACGAGAUUGUCGACCACGAACGUCUCAAGAUUCCACACAUCGGCAUCGCAGAGCGCGAGUUUGUACUCCGGCCGCUGGCGCAGAUCGCAGCCACGAAGUCUAUAGAUGCGACGAAACCAUGGAAGAUGAUCCAGGACUACUUAUAUGAUUUGCCGCCAGCCAGAGAGCCAUUGUCAACACUCACGCCAAUUGGCGAAGGGAUACAGCCCCUUAAUGCGCUAAAAUCGCACCGGAAAACACAUGUCAUGGCCAUUCUCAAUGUUACGCCAGACUCGUUCUCAGACGGCGGCACCCAUGUGCCAGAGUCGCUCGCGCGGACCAUCAUCAAGUUCGUCAAAGGUGGUGCGACCAUGAUAGAUGUCGGUGGGCAGUCCACUGCCCCAGGACGGCCUCAGGUCUCUGCAGAGGAAGAGAUCAAGCGUAUAGUCCCUGCAAUCGAGCUUAUCCGCAGCCUGCCAGAAGCCCAGGGCAUUGCCAUCAGCAUCGACACGUACCGUGCUUCUGUUGCAGAAGCGGCUGUCAAGGCCGGCGCAGACAUCGUCAACGACGUCUCGGCCGGUCUCAUGGAUCUGGAGAUGCUGCCCAUGAUGGCCAAGCUUGGCAAGACGGUCUGCCUCAUGCACAUGCGUGGCGACCCAGCCACCAUGAGCCAGCUUAACGACUAUCCGGAGGGCCUCAUCCCGACUGUCGCCAAGGAGCUAUUAGAGCGCGUCGCUGCCGCCGAGGCAGCUGGAAUUCGGAGGUGGCGCAUCAUUCUCGACCCUGGGUUUGGCUUCGCCAAAGUGGGUGAGCAAAACAUUGAGCUGCUGCGACACUUUGAGGAGCUGAAGAACUGGCCGGGACUUGAGGGCCUGCCAUGGCUUCUGGGCUCGAGCCGCAAGAGCUUCAUAGGCAAGAUCACCGGCGUUGCGACCCCGGGCGACAGGAUAUUCGGUACCGCCGCGACGGUGACUGCUGCUGUGCAAGUUGGAGCCGACAUUGUCCGGGUGCAUGAUGUCGUGGAGAUGGGCCAGGUCGUCAAAAUGGCUGACGCCAUCUGGAGGUAUUAG